CAAAAACAGUCAAAUGUGUAAUGAACUAACUGAUUGGAUGGCCUUGUGGCUGAUGAAAGGGACUAUCAUAUCCUCUUGAAGGGAGUGGUUACAAGUAUGACAUCAUUAACUUUAGUGCUCUGCUACAGAUUUAUUAUGUAGAGUUGAAUGUAGCAAUGUCUGAUUGGUCAACGUUAUAUUGUGAUCAUCAUUAUGGUAAUACACUACAGGUACAAAAGCACAAGAGUCAAGUUCACAUUUGCAUCACAUUGCGACCAGAGAAAAAGGGUUUACAUGUGAUACAUCACCAUCUGCAUGGCUGAGAGAUAAGAUUCUUUCAACCACGACCAUGGAACCAGGAAUCAGUCUCAGCAAGGCUGAUAUUGUUGAGAAUAUACUUCUAUGUUUUGAAUCAGUYAAUGGGUCUUGCAAAAGAUCAAUCUUUCCUCCAARAAUACGAGUAUUACUUUAUCUCUUACUUGGCUCAAUGUCUGUUCUCACAGUGUGUGGCAACCUUCUUGUAAUCAUUCCCAUCAUCCACUUCAAACAGCUCCACACCCCGACCAACUACCUCAUCCUCUCUCUGGCUGUGUCAGACCUCCUCUUGGGGGUUUUAGUGAUGCCUCCCAGAAUGGUAUAUUCAGCGGAAAGCUGCUGGUAUUUUGGGGAUUUAUUCUGUAAAAUCUACACCAGCACUGAUGUCAUGUUGUGCAAUACAUCCAUUCUUAACUUGUGUUUCAUUUCUAUUGACCGGUAUUAUGCAGUGUGUCGCCCUCUCCUUUAUAGAACUAAAAUAACUGUUCACAUUGUUCUGAUUAUGAUGCUGGUCACCUGGACUGGUUCUGCUAUAGUAGUGUUUGGUAUAGUAUUUCUGGAGCUCAAUACUUGGGGCAUGGAGGAUUUUUACUAUAAAAAUGUUGCCAGUGAGGGAGAAUGUAUUUUGUUUCAAAACAAACCAUUGAGUACUGCGUCUUUUGUUCUCUCAUUCUACAUCCCAGGAGUAGGCAUGCUUAGCAUUUACCUAAAGAUUUUCCUAAUAGCACAGAGACAGGCACGCUCAAUUCAGGGUACAACCAAUCAGAACUCUGUAGGCAAAUCACAGAGGAAGGCCACCAAAACACUUGCUGUCAUUAUGGGGGUAUUUCUAUCAUUCUGGACACCCUUUUUUGUCGUCAACAGCAUUGAUCCUUUUAUUAAUUACUCUACCCCACCCGUUUUGUUUGAAACACUUAUAUGGCUUGGCUAUUUGAAUUCAACUAUUAAUCCUAUGGUGUAUGCAUUCUAUUACAGUUGGUUCAGGAGGGCGUUUAGAAUUAUAAUUUCUGGUCAAAUAUUUCAACCUGACUCUUCAGAAAUACAAUUGUUUUCAGAAUAAAUACAGUGAGCUCCAGAAGUAUUGAGACAGAGACACGUUUUGUUGUUUUGGCUCUGUACUCCAGCACUUUGGAUAUGAAAUUUGAGGAUAUUUUGAACCAUAUCGGGUGAAUUGUUUAGA